GAGUGGAGUGGAGUGGAGUGUAGCAGCUCAGCUGUGCACAGUGUGUUGUUUUCUCUGUUGCAAAACAUUAACUAUUCAGCAGAUGAUUAUCAGUAUUAUUGCUGUGCAGUAAGUGUUCCGGAUCAGUGCCGGUCUGAUUAAAUGCCCUUUUCUCGGUUUAGCUCGCAGUCGACUUUCCUGUUUUGUGGUACAAUAUGAAUCUUCUUGUUGGAGCUGCUGCAGUAUUUGUCACUAUUCCAUACAGCAUCUCACUUACUGCCCAGUGGUUUUAUGGAUGGCCUGAUAAACCCGGAUGCAAAAAGUAUAUCGAGGCUCUCAAACCCAGGCGAAUAUACCUUUUGACAAGAGCUGUGCUGGAAAUGAUGAAGUAUCUGCAAUACAGCAAGUUAUAUUUCCAGUGGAAACAGUGGUACAAGAAAACCAACAGUCAGCAGUGUGUAAAAGGCAUUCCCUUUGGUCGCAGAGGCAACAAAUUAGACCUGUAUCAUUCCCCAAGGUUGGACCAGUCAGACACAGAGCUCAUCCCAGUAGUUAUGUUUGUAUAUGGAGGGGCCUGGGGCUCAGGAGAAAGAUCCAUGUACUGUCUGCUUGCUGUACAAAUGGCUAAAGAGCUGAAUGCUUCAGUGGUUUGCCCUGAUUAUUCCACAUAUCCAAAGGGAAAUGUUUUAAAUAUGGUUCAGGACAUAAGUGACAGUCUGAUGUGGGUGAGAGAGAACGGACAUUUAUUCCAUCUUGAUAAAGAUAACAUAGUGUUAGUAGGCCACUCAGCAGGAGCUCAUCUGUGUGCACUGACCGCACUGUUUCUCCUGGAAAGUGUGGAGUCGCUGUUCAUCGAGUCGUUCAAACAGAAAGAAAUGACCAACUCGAUUAAAGGCAUCAUAGGUUUGAGUGGCGUGUACGAUAUAAUGGAGCAUUAUGAACACGAGAAGACACGAGGUGUUGAAUACAUCUCCGCUAUGCACAAAGCCAUGGAUGGGAUCGAGAACUUCGAGUCCUACUCACCGACAGCUCGAAUCAGGAAGCUAAACAAGGAGCAGUUAGAAAGGGUUCCUCCACUAGGAUUAAUCCAUGGCACUGAUGACAUCAUCGUUCCCCUGGAGUCGUCAGUGCGACUGCGUGAGCUCCUCACUUCACUCUCCGUCACCGCCACCUUGUACCUCCUGCCCAAAAUCAAUCACUCCGAGGUGGUGAUAGAUCUCAUGGCACCAGGAAGACGCUUUUAUCAUACAGUAUUUGGCUGUAUCAAACGGGAAUACCAAAAAUUUAUUAGACCAUCUUAAUUUAUGUCAUCAUGCGUCUGGUGUGCUCUUUCAAUUGUCUUUGUAUAUGCUGUAAUGAUUGUUUAAUCAAAUCAAGUUUAUUUGUAUAGCGCUUUUAACAAUAAACAUUGUCGCAAAGCAGCUUUACAGAAUUUGAACGACUUAAAACAUGAGCUAAUUUUAUCCCUAAUCUAUCCCCAAUGAGCAAGCCUGUGGCGACGGUGGCAAGGAAAAACUCCCUCAGACGACAUGAGGAAGAAACCUCGAGAGGAAACAGACUCAAAAGGGAACCCAUCCUCAUUUGGGCAACAACAGACAACAUGACUAUAAUAUUAACAGUUUUAACAGGUAUAACCCUCAACUGUCCUCAUGGGGCCGUCCUUCACAGGAGCAGUACGAUAAAACUCCGACCAGACACAGGGCACCAGGAUGGAUCAAGCAGGUCCGAGGGGCAGAAGAGGCCAGCAUCUCAAUCCCAGGACCAACAUGUAACUCAGAGGGACAGAUUGGGGGGGAGAGAAAGAAAACACGUUGUUAGGUAUGCCCUAAAAAUGACAAGUAUUAAAUCUGUGUGGUAGGCUCGCAGAGACGAGAGUUUUUACAUCAGGCAUAACACAACAAUGGCAUGUUAAUAUGGUAAAAUAUAUAUUUGUUAUGAUAUGUUAUAUUUGUUAUGAUGAUAUCAUAAUUGUUUACCUCACACUGUGUGUCUAUUUGCUGUGUAUUCUGUAUUAUAGCUAUCAUCUGCUAAGUCCAAGUCAGGAAUAAACUCAAGGAUUUCAUAUAAUAAUAAUAAUGUAGAAUCUAUACUAAUGUAUGAUAGGAAUAUUUUUAAUCUGGAAGGAAUAAAAACCUUUGUGUUUCUCAUAUCAUUAAAUGUAUUUCACACUC